GGGUACAAAUUUGCCCAGCUGAAGGAAUGUCUCAAAUUGCAGGGGGCGCCUUUGGGGCCAGAAGGACAAGAUAGGCGUCCGGCAGCCGUGUCGCCCGUUCCGCAGGCAUCAUGGGCCAGGACACCGAGGUGGACCCAGAAGAAGUGGAGCUCAACCAUCUGGUAUCCGAGAUGCAGCUGAGGAACGUGGCGCCCGGGGCGGCCAGCGGCACCGAGAACGGUAUGGUGAAGAUCAAGGUGGCUGCCACUGAGGUGGCGACGCCCAAGUUCAGGGGCCUGUCUAAAGAAGAGCUGCUGAAGGUGGCGGGCAGUCCCGGCUGGGUGUGCACGCGCUGGGCGCUGCUGGUGCUCUUCUGGGUCGGCUGGCUCAGCAUGCUGGCUGGGGCCGUGGUCAUCAUCUUGCGGGCGCCACGCUGCCGCGAGCUGCCGGAACAGAGCUGGUGGCACAAGGGCGCCCUGUACCGCAUCAGCAACCUUCAGGCAUUCCAAGGCCAGGAUGCGGGCGCCCUGGCUGGCCUGAAGGAGCGGCUGCAAUACCUGAGCACCCUCAAAGUGAAGGGCAUCGUGUUAGGCCCAAUUCACAAGAACCAGAAAGAUGACAUCGAUGGGACCAACUUGGAACAGAUCGACCCCACUUUUGGCUCCAAGGAAGAUUUGGACACUCUCCUGCAGUUGGCCAAGAAAAAGGGCCUCCGGGUCAUCCUGGACCUCACUCCCAACUACAGGGGCCAGAAGUGGUUCCUUCCCAGUCAGAGUGACACGGUGGCCACCAAGAUGAGGGACGCUCUGCAGUUUUGGCUGCAGGCUGGCGUGGCCGGGUUCCAGAUUCGGGAUGUGGAGACUCUGGUGGAUGGGCCAUCAUACUUGGCCGAGUGGCACAACAUCACCAAGAACUUCAGUGAGGAUAGGCUCCUGAUUGCAGGGACUGAGUCGGCCAGUCUUGAGGAGAUCCGGAGGCUGCUCAGCGUGAACAGGGACGUGUUGUUGACCAGCUCGUACCUGUCAGCCUCUGGUUUCACUGGGAAGCAGACAGAAGAGCUGGUCACCCAGUAUCUGAAUGCCACGGACAAUCGCUGGUGCAGCUGGAGUCUGUCUCAGGCCGGGCUCCUGGCUUCUGCGGUGCCAGCGCACCUCCUCCGACUCUACCACCUGCUGCUCUUCACCCUGCCGGGCACCCCGGUGUUCAGCUCCGGGGAUGAGAUUGGCCUGAAGGCAGCGGCCCUUCCCGGACAGCCAGCAAAGGCGCCAGUGAUGCUGUGGGAUGGAUCCAGCUCCACCAACAGCUCAGGGCCUGGGAGCUCCAACAUGACAGUGCAGGAGCAGAGCAAGGAUCCCGACUCCCUCCUCACUCUAUUCUGGCGCCUGAGCGAUCUUCGGGGCAAGGAGCGCGCCCUGCUGCAUGGAGACUUCCACGUCCUCUCCUCGGGGCCAGACCUCUUCUCCUACCUCCGCCAGUGGGACCAGAACAAGCGUUUCCUGGUGGUGCUCAACUUUGGGGAUGUGGCCCAAGCUGCCAGGUUGGGGGCAUCUGGCCUGCCUGCCAGCGUCAGCCUGCCUGCCAGGGCCGACCUGCUGCUCAGCACUGAGCCAGGCCGUGAGGACGGCGCCCCUGUGGAGCUGGAGCUCCUGAGCCUGAAGCCCCACGAGGGGCUGCUGCUCCACUUCCCCUACGUGCCUGGGGCCCCGGCCCUUUCCUUCCACUGCCCCAGACAUAUGGGCUCUGGCAUCUCUGUCUUUUUUUAAUUUUAAUUUUAAAGAUUUUUGAAAAGAUUUUAUUUUUGUACAGAGGGGGGUGGGAGGGAAAAAGAGAAGGAAAUUUCAAUGUGUGGUUGCUUUUUGGGCGUCCCUUAUCGGGAAUUUGACCAGCAACCCAGGUAUGUGAGCUAAUCUGGGAUUGGAACCUGCAACCCUUUGGUUGGCGAGUCCGUGUUCAAUCCAGUGAGCCACACCAGUCAGGGGUAUUAUUAUUUUUUAAUAUGUAUUUAUUUACAGGAAGGGGAAGGCAGAAUAAAGAGAGGGAGAGAAACAUCAGUGUGAAAGAGAACAUCAGUUGGGUGCUGCUUGCAGGCCCAAACCAGGGACCUGGCCUGCAAUCCAGGCAUGUGCCCCGAUGGAGAAUCAAACCAGCAACCUUCUGGUUCACAGGCCGGUGAUCAAAACACUGAGCCAGACCAGCCAGGGAAAGAUUUUAUUUUUAGAGAGGGGAAGGCAGAAGGAAGAGUGGGAGAGGAACAUCGAUGUGUGAGGGACACAGUGAUGGGUUCACAAGCCCUCAAUGGGGGACCUGGCCCACAACCCGGGCGUGCUCCCUGACUGGGAUGCAAACCAGUGACCUCUAGUUUUGCAAGCCGGAGCUAACCUAGUGCAGGCCACUAAGCCACAGCAUCCAGGACUUUGUUUGUUUGUUUGUUUUACUAUUACAGGUAAUAGAUGAACUCUCAGUAGUUUGUGUUCUAGUUUCAAAUAAAAGUCAGCACUGCC